UCAGCUGCAGAGGACAGGGCAACAGAGAGGGGCUCCAGACCAUUGGUGAUAGUGUGUGUUUGUGUGUGGAAAGUCUACUUACACCAGAUAUAAAUAUUCUGGCAAAGUUUUGUGUGAGCGUCAACGGGACUGGUGUGAUCAGGGUGGGAAACUGAAGUCCGUCUGUGUGGAACUGCUUGAAAACAUUCAUUAUGGUGCAGUUUCACUGGGUUACAUCUUCAGAUAAUUGUACGUGUGUGAACCUGACUGCAUACUGACUCAUAUCUGGCUCAUAGGAAGUAUAUUUGCUGUGGGGUUUUCACCCAUAAAGCAGCUUCAGGCUGCAGUGUGUGUGUGUGUGUGUGUGUGUGUGUGUAUAUGCUCUUGCGAGAUCAGUUUCAAAAGCUGAGUUGUGUUCUAGUUAGAAUGGAGGCAAAGCUCUAGGGGGAAGGAGCAUGCUGAAACGUGGUGGCAAAAGUAGCUACAACCCUUACUCUACGAGUCAGAGAGUUAAAAAAGCCGAGCAGAAAGGCAAGAACAGGCUGGACAUACUGCCCAACAAGCACAACGUAUGGCUUAAACAGCUGUCCAUCCUCCAGGAGCAGCCUCGGAAAGAUGCGGGUGACAUCACCCUCUCCUCUUCCCCUUCCUCUUCUUCCUCCUCUUCAACGCUCACUCCAACCUCUGCCGGGCUCCAGGACCUGUCCGUGUCCUGCCCGGGUACCCCGAGCACCCAGCACAGCAAGAUGCCGGCGAUGGGCUGCCCGUCUCCCGUGUCCACCCUGAAGAGACCGACCGCCCUGAGCAGACACGCCAGCGCUGCAGGGUUCCCACUCCAGUCAUGGGUGUUCACUAAAGGCCAAGGGAAAGGGGCCUUGACCCCAACUCCUCCGUCUGAAAGUCCAGAGAGCACGGCCAUUGAAGUCGAGGACAUCCCCGCCCUGCUGAGGGACGUGGCGCGCUUCGCUGAGGCUGUGGAGAAACUGAAGGAUGUGGUGCUGGCUGAAGGUAAGGAGAAUCAGCGACCCGUGGCCCAUGAGUGUUUGGGCGAGGUCCUGCGGGUGCUGCGUCAGGUCAUUAACACCUACCCUCUGCUAAACACCGUGGAGAUCCUCACUGCUGCCGGAAAGCUCAUAUCCAAGGUCAAAGGUUUCCACUAUGAGGCUUGUAACGAGGCAGAUAAAAAGGACUUUGAGAAGGCGAUUGAAACCAUUGCAGUUGCUUUUAGCAGCAAUGUGUCUGAACUGCUGAUGGGAGAGGUGGACAGCAGCACACUGCUCUCGCUGCUCCCCACAGAGAAAAGCAGGUCAAUGGAGAACUUGUACACCGCGACAGGCCAGGGAGCAGAUGGAGGCCAGUUCAGGAGCGACCUGCAGGACAUGGGCCGAGUCGAGGAAGUGGAUGUGAUCUUGCAGCGCAGCGAGGGAGGGGUGGACUCGGCUCUGCUCUACGCCAAAACCAUUUCAAAGUACAUGAAGGACCUGAUCAGCUACGUGGAGAAGAGAAUUUCACUGGAGACUGAGUUUUCCAAAGGCCUCCAGAGAUUAUACCAAUCCUGCAAACACAGCAUAACACAUCCCCACAUGCCCCUCUUCUCCAUCUACUCUCUGGCUCUGGAGCAGGACCAGGAGCAGAGCGUGGGGCUGCAGCAGGCCAAUACCACCCUGCACAGCCAGACCUUCAUCCAGCCUCUGAUGCAGCGGAAACAGGAGCAUGAAAAGAGACGGAAGGAGAUCAAGGAACACUGGAUUCGAGCGAAGAGAAAACUGUUGGAGUGUGAGGUCAACCUGCGAAAGGCCAAGCAAGUCUACAUGGUCCGCUGUGAGGAGUACGACAAGGCCAAAACCGCAGCCUGCCGAGCCGAGGAGGAGGGAGGAGGAUCUACAGCGAAGUCCUUGGAGAAGAAGAAAAGAUUAGAGGAAGAGGCUCGCAAUAAGUCAGACGAAGCGGAGGCCACCUACCGGACAUGUAUAGCAGAUGCCACAACUCAGCAGCUGGAGCUGGAGCACACCAAGGUCACAGUGCUGAGACAGCUGCAGGACGUCAUCAAACAGAGCGACCAGACCCUGCGCUCGGCCACCAUCUCCUACUACCAGCUCAUGCACAUGCAGACGGUAGCCCUGCCCGUCCACUACCAGACUCUGUGUGAGAGCAGCAAGCUGUAUGACCCAGGCCAGCAGUACGCCGCCCACGUGCGAGACCUGCAGCUACCCGAGCAGCCGAAUGUUCAAUACACAUUUGAGACCUACUCCCCCUCCAGCUCGUCGUCACAGCAGGGCCACAGACCAAGGAAUGACAGUUUCAACACAGAGCAGUCGAGCCACACAGACAGUCCUGCCGCCAGCGUGGAGACAGCAGCUGCUGACAGUAGAGACACAGAGGCCCACCGCAAGAGGCAGGGCCACAAGUCAUGGGGUUCAACAGUGAGCGAUGACAGCGUUGGAGGAGAUGGAGGCCUGGAGUCUCCCACUGCCAGCACGAGUGACAUCAGUAAAAUGGCUCGGACAUCAUCCACUGGGACGAUGUCGUCCAAUGAGGAUGCAGAUGAGAAAGACGGGAAUGUAGCUUCUUUUGAAUCUCCAAACAUUAACGGCAUGGAUCCUGACGUGGUGGUGUCCACCAGACCCUUCCGUAACAUCGGCCUCUCCAAAGCCGCCCAGACCCAUCGAAUGAGGAAGCUGCGGACUCCGGCCAAGUGCCGCGAGUGUGACAGCUACGUUUACUUCCAGGGGGCCGAGUGCGAGGAGUGUUUUCUCGCAUGUCACAAGCGCUGUCUGGAGACUCUGGCCAUCCAGUGUGGCCAUAAGAAGCUGCAGGGCCGUCUGCAGCUGUUCGGCAGGGAGUUCUCUCAGGUUGCCAGCUGUGCCAGUGACGGCAUCCCCUUCAUCAUCACCAAGUGCAUUUCUGAGAUAGAAAGACGGGCACUCAAGAUGAAGGGCAUCUACAGGGUGAACGGGGUGAAGACUCGUGUUGAGAAACUGUGUCAGGCCUUUGAGAAUGGGAAGGAGCUGGUCGAGCUGUCCCAGUGUUCCCCACACGACAUCAGCAACGUUCUCAAGCUUUACCUCAGACAGCUGCCAGAGCCCAUCAUGCUGUUCCGCCUGUACAACAACCUGAUGGGUUUGGCCAAAGAGAGUCUGCAGAGUGAAGGAGAUGCACCAGAGCGAGGGGUGGCAGAGUCGGGCAGCGUUAACCCAGCAGUGGGCAGGGGGCCCGAGCUGGUGGAUCUGGGUCCUGACACUGAUCCAGAUGUCCUAGUGCUGGUGGACAAGCUGAAGGAGCUUCUGAAGGUGCUGCCCAAGGCUAACAUCGCUACACUGCGCUACAUCAUCCGCCACCUCCGAAGGAUCGCAGAGCUGGAGGAGGAUAACAAGAUGAGUCCCAGUAACUUGGGGAUUGUGUUUGGGCCCUCCCUGAUGCGUCCCCGUCCGACCGGGGCCACGAUCUCCCUGUCCUCUCUGGUUGAUUACCCCCACCAGGCCCGCAUCGUGGAGACCCUCAUAGUCUUCUAUUCAUCCAUCUUCCAGUCCAAAACUUCUCAGACCCACAAAACCUCCCGGUCUGCUUCCACCUCCACUGAGCAGGGUACUAAUGCAGAUGACAAGAUGGGGAGCUCUGCCGCUGAAGAGGAGAGUGGAGGCGGAGAGGAGCAGAGUAAACCAGACUCUGACAAGAUGGAGGAGGGAUGUGGAAGUUCUCUGGGCUCCAGUGAGCUGCUCCCCGACUCUGACUCAGAGGUUGAUGACAGCAGCCAGAGGACUGCACACUCCCACAGCCUGAUGAAGCAGGAGAGCGAGGUGAGCAUAGAUGACGACCAGCUGAGCUACAGGGACAGCCUAGACCUGUCCAGCCAGUCUGCAACCCACACCGACCCAGAACAAGACGCGGAUCAGGACCAAGACAACCCGGAGGGAGGAGAGCCCCCCGCUCUGCCAGACAGCGGGCCCCCUGAUGACGACACGGGGGCGGAGCAGAACCUGAGCGUCUCUCUGGCCGAGCUCAAUGUUAACCAGUCCAACAACAACUACCCAUGUUCCCCUACUUUAAGCCUAUCAGGUCUUCCACUGGCACCUCUGGGUGGAAAGAAAUUACCCCUGACGAGGAACAGGGACAGUGAGCCUGAGUUUGUCUGAAAUCAUCAUUAUAUUAUCACUGGAAUUUAUUACAGGAAUCUGGUUUUUAUGCAUUAAAAUCCAGGGCAACCUGCAACUGAGAUGCUUAUCUCGUUUAUCCAAAUCAAGUUUUUAUGUUUUUUUUAUCCUGUGUAGAUGUUUGCAGCCGCAUUGAUCUAUCCUGGCAGUGAAACCUCUGCAUGCUUACUGCUGUUUGAUGCAACUACUCCUGUCAUUGCUAGAGGUUUGAUAUGAAUGAAAUGUCAAUUUCCAUUUGAAAGUGUCUUUAAUUUUUGCUCUUACAGUCCUGAGGAAAUGUAGGAAGCAAUCACGUCACUGAAUAAAAUCUCUUUUGAGUGCUGCUGGUUUCAUUUCAGCACUAGAAUUUAAAAAAUUAAUUUAGCAGUUUCUUAUAAAUGUUGCCUGUAGUGCCUUUAUAAGUGUUCGAUCUAUUUUAAUAAAAAUGCUUAUAUUUUAAAA